AUGCCGAGAGCAAAGAUGGCAGUUAAUGCUCCACAGUAUCAAGAUGGGCAAAAUGUGAACUUUUUCUUGGAAAAAUUUGAAAAGGUAGCACAAAUAAAUCAGUGGACUGAAGAAGAAAAAUGUGUGCAAUUCUGUUUGGUAAUGCCUAAAAGUGCAGAACAGUGGUACUUGAAUUUAACAGAAGGUGUAAAAAGGAACUUUGAUGACCUUAAGGAGUCUUUUAAAAAUCGUUUUGACAAUGUCAGUAACCGUGCCAACUUGUAUGCUAAAUUCAUGAACUUGAGUCAAGAAAACAACUCUGUUCAGCAGUAUAUCGAGAAUGUGACCUCCCGUGGAAGACUUCUAAAUAAAACUGAAAAUGAAAUAAUGGACAGAAUUAUAUAUGGGAUGAAGGCAGAUAUUAAGAAGCAUGUUAUCAUGAAGGAGCCUAAAACUAUGGGUGAAUUAGUGAAAUUUGCUAAGAUGGCAGAAGACGUACAAGAGGUAUACGAUGCUAGAAUACCUCUUAACCAAACACCUGAAUCAAAUGGGCCAACGGGGCAGGACUCAACAGGCAAUCUAUCUGGGCAACAAACCUACAGACAACAACAACCAUGGCGGCACAACCCCUACAGAAGACAAGGAUUUACUCAGAAACAGAAGAACAAGUGUAUUCAUUGUGGUAGGUGCAACCAUUUGUCUUCUGAUUGCUAUUUUAGGAAUGCCACUUGUCAUAUUUGCAAAAAGAUAGGGCAUACAGCAAGGGUACAUCAGUUAGCUAGUAAAUAGGGAUACGAGCCUGUCCACAAAAUUUGGGGGAUGGACAUAGUAGGGAAAAUUUAAAUAAUGGCACAAAUAUUGGGAAAGCCUAUCAAAAUCAAAUUGGGAAUGAGAAAAAUUUAGUUGAUGUAAGAUUGGGAAAAUUUUCAGUGGCUGCUAUGUUAGAUAGUGGCGCCUCAAUUUCAUGUAUUACUUUAUCAAUGUACAAACAUGCUGGCCUUAGUAAAGAGUUCCAAAUGUCGGAUUCUGAAAUUAAACAUGCUGAAACUGUUGAUGGUACGUCAAUGUCCAUUAUUGGAAAAAUUUGUGUCCCAAUGACUAUUUGCAGGCUUACAUUAAUGCAGACCUUCUUGUUUACAAGGCUAAGUACAGAAACAGUGACGGAGGGAACUGUAAAAGUGUCUGGGUUUACAGUGGUGACCUGCCAGAGGAUGUGAGGAAAAACUUCCAUACAAAGUACACAUUCUCUGGUAAGGCCCGUAAAUUCCGGCGGCCUUAGUUGUGAAGCUGGUGAAGGGAAUUUUAUACAGCAAAUUAUGCUUACCUAAUUGUAUUAGAUAGUUUGUCAAAUGAUAUUAAAUGAUAUCAGCAAAUCUUAACCACAGCAUUAACUUUACAUAUGGUGUUGAAUGGUCUAAAUUUGGUUUGAUGGAAUUUUGAUGUUUGUGAAUGCAAAUUACAAAUUAAAAUCUUGCAAGUACUUUGGUUUAACUUUCUGGGGGUUGGGUUGCACAAGCAUUUAUUAUUCUUACUUGAACCUGAUUUGUUUAUUUAUGACUGUAUAGUCAAGUUACAUGCAUAGUGAUACCCAUGUGAUAAUAAAAAUUCUGUAGUUCAAAAUGUAUGUAAUAAUAAACAUACAGAGCAAAAAGUCUGUCCGGAAAGACUUAAAAAUAUAAAAUGAUGGAGUUUAACAUAAAAUUGUGUCCUAGUAACACCAACAUUUUACAUGUUCUUGAAGAAUAUUAGCUCCAAAGGAAGGGAAUUAGAGGGAAACGUCUAGUUAAAGACUUUUAGUAUCCGGGUUCUCUUUCAAAAUUAGUAAGCUAUAGAUAUAUCCUUGGGGAAAGUAUAGAUUUGUCAUGGCGCAAUUAAUAUAUGCUCUUGCUGUGAAGUAUUUAUGAGUAAAAUCCAAGAUAUGUACUCUGAGAAGUUUAAUAUGUAAGUUCACAAGGCAUUCUUAUGGUAGAAAUCAGAAACACUGGUUGUACUGAGAUUUAAAUGAAACAAAAAGAAAAUGAAACAGUGUAAAAGUACAUUUGAUGUGUUAAAAUUUAUGAGUAAUGUGAUUAGAGACAGUGACUUUAAAUAGAUACUCAUGAAGAGGCCAAGUGGAACUUUUUGUACAGUGUGAUGUGAUCGUGAAAUACGGACAAACAAACACUGAAUACAGUGAAUUCAGACAAUCAUUUAUACAAUGAAUUCAGACAAUCAUUUUAAGUGUACACUGAAAUAUUUUGCUGUAAAUAUUUGAUCACUUUUAUAUUCCUUGUAACUUGAUACUGAGGAUGAUAAAAAAAUGUAAUUAAGAAUAACAUUUUAUCUUCAUGAUGAUGAUUAUGAUGAAUAGUAGUAUAAGGUAGACUGCUGGCAAGUUAGUCUUUGUAUAAAGUUUAUGCCCAAAAAAAAGGCAUAUUGUAGUUUCUUUCUUAAAAUGUUUUCGAAAAGAAAGGAAUUUGUUAAGCUAGCAUUUUUAAGUAAAAGAAGAGUGCAUUUUACAAUUUCUUUCUUAAAAUAUUUUCGAAUGGAAAGGAGUUUUGUGACUUAAUUGCACAUAUAAUUAUUAGUCAUAAAUAGAUAUUAGAUAAUAAAAUGAUAGUGAUCAAUUUUCUCGAAUCAAUAUCAUUGUAAUAUCAUCAUGGUUGUUUUAUAUGUUGAUUUGAUGCAUGCCACAAUGUAUGAAAUGUUGUUUUACCAUGUCCAUCAUACUUAAAUGUCAAAUGUAAGGAAAUAUUUGAUGUCUUUAAGUUUUGUAAUGAUGUUUAUUACGUAAUUUUUAUAUUGAGGUAAAUCUUUUAUAUGAAGUUUUGCAAGUCUUUACAAUAUUUCAAUAUUUACUGUGUUCAAAAUGAAUUAAUUUGCGGAGCAAAUUUUUAGAGAGUAUGAGGAUGUGUGACAGGGUGAUGUUUAUGAUGUAAUUUUUUAUACUAUAUAUAAUGUUUAAAAUAAAUAUUCAAGAUACAUUUAACAUUUAGACAAUGAGAUUUAUGUAAAGGUAAUUAGUUAUAAAGCAUUAGCUUCAGGCUGAUAGUAAUUGAUAAGUCUUUGAAUGUGGGUUCCAUACAGGUGUUACAAAUUGAUGCAUAUAAUCUAUGCAUGUCUACAAUACUGGACCAACUAUUGAGGAUAGUUAUGCCUGAUUAAGGUUCAAAGAAAGUAACACCUACUUAUCAAGUUCUUUGAGUCUGGGAGUUCUAAUAGCAGAAACCAUAUUGGGAUGAGAAUAAUUAAUUAUGAUUGAUAUGGGAAGCUACAUGUCUAUUGGCUAAUAUUUGUAAAAGGGUGUGUUAAUACAUGAAAAUCUUAAGGGUUGAGGAAUGAAUGAAAGGGUCGUGAAGAAGGGAGAGGAAAGAGGUAGUGAUAGAAGGAAGUAGUGUUAGAAGUUUGACGGAAGAAUAUUAGUAAAUAAAUGCAAAGUUACAAAUGAUGGACAUGGAUAUUGGAAUUAAAUAUUGAAAAUAAAUAUAGUAGAACACAGAAAGCGAGUU